GAUGCCAUACUGUAGGACCAGAUGCAGCCCUUGUGCCUGAAGAUGAAGGAACUCAUUGUUCUGCAGAAUGAGAAGGACUGAAAGAUUCUUCCUCCUCUGGGAUCAGCAGCAUGGGACUUGUGGGGGAAAGUGCCCUAGUUAACUUUCUUAUGAAUAAAUUCAAAAAGCAGCAGCACAUAGCUCUUUGUGUCUAACAGCCAUAUAAAUGGAAAAAUACUGGACAGAAAAUUAGGAGAUAUUUGAGAAGAUUCUGCCAACCAAAACUGAAUGAUAGAUUGAAUGAUCACACAGAUCGUCAUCCCUCUUUCUUAUGCUGGGAGGUUUCUUGUUGUGUUGUCAGCCCAUCCAGUGAAAAGCCAAAGGCAGCUGACGGAGAAUGAGCUAAACCUGGGAAAGGAUGUGGAGGAAGAGUUCUCCAGAUCUGCUGCCACUGAAGUGAAACUUUCUGGUGGAGGAAAGGAGCUGCCUUUGAGAAGAAGGAAGCUUUCCAUCCUGAAGAACAAUGCCUUGAAGAGAAAGGUGCCAAUUCGUCAAGAUGACCAAACAUGGAAAAAAGGAGACAGAGCUAAGAAAGUGGAGGAGUCUGUUGGAUUUGGGAAGAAAGUGCUGAGUGUUAAGAAAACAGAGAGCAUGAGUGCAUUGCAUGCUAUACCAGAAGCUACUGGCCUGGAGACCAACAGCAGCCUCACCCAAGCAAGGAACAGAUAUGAGCCAGAAGGUUUGGUUUUGAAUCAUACCACAACAGCACCAGUGCAGGGAGACAUUGUCAUCCACAAGAAAAAGGCAAGAAAAGGAGAUGCCUGCAAAUGUAAGACUGUGGCUCAGAUGGAAACAGGACAAGCUCUAGACCCUCGGCAUAGAAGUGAAAACUGGACAUCCUCUUUUUCUGUCUAUAAAUAUGUCAUUCGGACAAAAGAAAGAAACGACCCUGGAUUUCUCCACAAAAAUGCCAGUUGGGUAUUGUUGCAAAAGCAGAACCUCUCCACAUCAAGAAAGACCAAUAGGUCAUCAACAGGAAGAGCUCAGGGCACUUUCAAGGAAAAUGACAACCGCACAGUGACCUGGAAGGAACAUGGCCUUCGCACUAGGAACAGCACUCAUGCACCCAGAGAGAAAGAGGUUAGGCUUCUCCACAAGGAUGCCAGGCCACCCCCAAAAGGGAAGUUGCAGGGAAUGCCCUCUGCAAAUGUCACCGUGAGGCUUCCUGGAGAAAAGCAGGGAACCUUCCAGAAGAUUGGCAAAAAGAAAACUGGCAUUCAAGUAGAGCUGGCAAAAGGACUGGUUACUCUGUGUAGCCAGACUGAAGAUAGAAAGGAUUCCACAACUUCCUCACGAAAUGCUAGUCAGUCCCUUCUGCAGGAAAAGCUCACUUCAUCUCUGAGGGUGGCUAGUGGAAUAUCCCCAGGAAAAAGACUCAGCAGCAAGUCAAGGAAUGCCAGCUGGGCAGCAAAAGACAAGCCCCAGAGCCCUUGCCACAGGAACGCAAGCAGGUCAUUACCCAGCCAGGAGCCAGGGUCUCCCCAUAGAAAUGUCAGCCGGGACCUAACCAGAACUGAACAUGGCCUACAAAGCAAGAAUACUGUCCAGGCUCAGCUGGGGAAUAUCACCCAAUCAAAAACUAGGAGAGGACAAAAUUUACCUCAUACAAAUAUCUCCCAAGGAAGGAUAGGCUCACCAAAAAAGCAGCCUGCAAAGCCCAAAGAAAGGAAGAAGUCCAUCAUGCCUUCCCUGCCUCCCACUUGCUUUCUGUCUGAACAUGCCAUUGCCUGUGGGAAUGCCAACUUGAAAUACGUGCCCAAACUGACUGAUUCUGUUCUGAAAACCCUCUACCUGGCAGAGAAUGAAAUCAACAAUAUCCCAGCUGGAGUUUUCUUGGGAUUACCUAAUCUGGAAUGGUUGGAUCUCAGCAAGAACAAGCUGAAAUCGACCGGCCUGCACCCAGAAGUCUUCAAGAACCUCACCAAACUGAAGCGUCUAAAUCUGGAUGGGAACCAGCUCACUUCAAUCCCAGCCUUGCCAAGUUCAUUACAUGAACUUAAACUGAAUGACAAUAAUUUAGCAGGACUUCAGAGACAGAGCUUCAGAGGCCUCUUCAAGCUGCUCACCUUGGAGCUAGAAGGAAACCAGCUGCAUGAUGGCAAUGUUCCCCCUACUGCUUUCAGGGUCCUCAGCAGGCUUAUGUAUCUGAGACUAGACCGGAACCAUUUUCGGACUAUCCCAUCAGGUUUGCCUGCAUCUCUGCAGGAGCUGCAUCUAGAUUCCAAUCACAUUGAGGAGGUGACUGAGGGUGUCCUCAACAGAACCCUGAAUCUCACUGUGCUGGUUUUGAGCAACAAUAAGCUGGAAGAGGAUCGUAUUGCUCCACGUGCCUGGAUUGACCUCCUGAAACUGGAGGCACUAGAUUUGUCUCACAACCGCUUAGUACAUGUGCCCUCAUUUCUGCCUCGACGUUUGAAACAGCUGACUUUGCAUCACAACCUCAUUGAACGUAUCCCCGGCUACGUUUUCGCCCAUAUGAAGCCUGGCCUGGAAUUCCUGCAUCUCUCCCAUAAUGUGCUGCGGGAUGACGGCAUCCAUGCCGUCUCCUUCUUAGGGCUGUACCAUUCGCUUGCCGAGCUGCUCUUGGACAACAAUCAGUUCCAGGCCAUUCCCCGUGGCAUCAUCAACUUAAAGGGCUUGCAGGUUCUACGGCUGAGCCACAACCACAUCCGGCAUGUGCCCCUGAACUCUGUCUGUGACACGAGAGUGUCAGAAGAUUCGAACAUUGUGUCUGUGCAUUUGGAAAACAAUUUGAUUGAUCGCCGCCGCGUCCCUCCCACAGCCUUCUCCUGUAUCAAAGCCUAUCACAGUGUGAUACUGAGACCACAACAGAAUGAAGAUGAUUACUAAGCUAGUGGGGAAUUAGGCCAACAGCAUUGAAGUAGCCCCAAAUUUAGUAUGGGAAGAAAGCCCCCCCCUAACCUGAAGGUGGGUGAUGACUAGAGAAGUCUCUGCUGUUCAGGAUUAUUAUGCUACUAAAAUAAUAAGAAAAGCUGCAUCUACCUAUAUCUCCUCUUCUCUACAAUCAAUGUUCCAUGCCUCCCACCCCUUAUACUCUAUUUUUUUAAAAUCUAAGUUAUGGGCAGCCUUUUCUUGUGACUCUUGAGAAUAUAGUUUUCUUUAAAAAAAAGAAAGAAAUACAUUAUUUGCAAACAUAUAUAAAAGACCAGACAAGCAUCCAGGUACUGUAGAUCUUUUUCUUUAUGUUUAUAAUGAAACAGACACACUUCAAUAAUAAAAUAAUAAACAAUAAUAAAGGACAGCAAGAAAAGAACAUUUGAGAUCCAGAAAAGGGAUGGAUAGACAAAAAGUAACCUAUCAGAAAAUAAUUUGAUAAUAAUCACAUUAAAAUAUGGAGCCAAGAUGUUAAUAAAAUGAUCUAUAAUUGAUAGACUCUUUAAUGCUAAUUUCUCAGAGAAUGCAAUUUGCCACUUUUUGAAAUACCUUUGAUCCAAAGAAAAAUGCAUUCACAGUUUAACAAGAAUAAAUUUGACAGGUAAAGAUAAGAAAUUGAAUUGAUUUUUUGUUAAUGCAGCUGUUUAUGUGUUAGGUUUAUGGAAGAGAAACCUACAAUAGGAAUAAUUGUCCAAGAUGGUUUAAUUGUUUUCCCACUUUUCUUUUAAAAUAAGAUAUAUAGCUAAACCUAUUACCAUUCCUAAUAGCCGUUUGAUCAGACUACCCGGUCUAAAAAAGGUUUAGCUUAACAUCCAGUAGACCAGCAAUUUAACAGACUUUGGUUUAGCAACCUUCGAAUGAAUUUCUCAAAAUGUGUUGGAACCAGAAAGCUGCUGCUGUUGGCGCUGCCUAGUGCCCAGUACACUGCUUACUCUACCAUCUCUUACUUGGCAUUGAUAGCUUCUCUGAUCCAUGGAACAGCUCAAUUGUGCAAUCAUUCCAGCUCUGGUGCUUCUAGGUACUGAUCCUCACUCACCAUAUGGCCUCUUGGCUGUAGUUCAUUUUUGGCAUGCUACCCUGCCACAUGUGUGAUCACCCAUGCUGCCUCUUGCUCUCCAGCUGCAACUCAAAUCCCCCCCCUUUCUUCUUCUUUUUUAAAAUAUACACAUGUCCUUUUGGGGGCCCCAAAUUAACAUUUAAUGGACAUUUGGUUUCAAUGGAUAUCUCUCACCCCACCCCACCCCAUUAGUCCAUUACAUCAAGGGCUUAGUAUAAUGUAAUUUGAAUGGGAGUAAUAUAAUCUGCGAAUUGUUUUUUAUGGCCAAUUCUUGAUGAAUCAUCGAAACAGAUUAGAAGGGACUUUCAUGCUCUAAAGAGUUCCAAGCUGAUUCAUCAAGUUCAGUUCCCAAAUCCUCUUUUCGUACUUUUUGCAGACUUUCAAGGCAGCCUGUCAUAUUUGAUGUAAGAUUUCUGCAUGAGGCCAAAUGUUCCCUUUGAUUUGAAAUGGUCGCCAUAGGCUACUCACACAGAGUCUGUUUUGCUGACUGCAUUGCAAUAGCAGUUUGCACAAGAAUUUGUUUUGAUUUGUCAUUUGUAUGCUGCUGAAAUUUUUUAAAAAGGAUUAAAUAUAUGUCAUUUAUUCAUUUUCACUUCACCCCAAGCUCUUUUGUCAGAAGCUGUAGGUUUUAUUGCCUUAUCCACUCAAAUCUAUAUGUAUACAUAAAAGUCCUGAUGUGCCAGGUGUUUGAAUUCGCUUUUUAUUUUCUCCAUGCAAAAAUAUUUUUAUAAUUAAAUGCUUGAUGUCUACUUUA